UGACGUGAUAGCUGCAUCGGGUACCAGCUAAUCCUUAAAGAAGUGUGGGGACUACAGGCACAGCUGUGAGAAGACAGCGGGAAGGGAACUAAGGGGCCCUAGAAGGCAGGGGUUGGAUAGAGGGGUUUGUGGGGAGCGCUGGUAGACAACAGGGGGAGAGGGAGCACCCCACUGCACGCGCUACGGAGGGGUCCGCUCGCGUCUCCCGGACCUCCAAUAUACCGCAAGGAGUCAGGGCCCGCCUCCCUCCCACCCCACUUUACCCCUGCUCACUUCCUCCCCUCCCCAGCUCAAGGCACUGUCCAGAGAGCCACAAAAAGCGAGGAGGGUCCCAGGGCGAAGAAGGGCGGGGGCCGCAGCAGGCGCGCGAGCUUGGGGAGCGCAGGCCCCGCCCCACCUCCGGCGCCGGCUGGCGGGAGGCGGGACAUGCGCACGCGGUGGCGGGGCGCAGGGCGCGGGGAGGCGGGGGAGCGCGCGUGCAGUUCUCAGCCGGAGCGGGCGGGCGCUGCGGGAGUAGGGCUGCCGUGGGCGGGGAGCCGGACGCGGGAGCGGGGAGCGCGCCGCCAGCGGGCGAGUGCGGGUGUGCGAGGCCGCGGCGGCAGACCCGAGAGCCCGGAGCGCCGAGUCUAGGUGAUGCGAGCCGCGCGGAGCCGCCGCGCUGCUGUGCGGGGUGAACUCGAGCGGCGUUGACCUCAGCGAGGGGAGAGCGGGACGCGGCGGCUGCCAGCCCCGCGGGGAUCCUAGGGGCCAGGGGUGCGCGGGGCACGGCGGCGGCGCGGGAGCGCGGGGCGCAGACCGGGCGGGGCUGGGGGACAGUGAUGAGCGGGCGCGCGGGGAGGCUGCACGCCGCCGCCGCCGCCGGGAGCAUCUGCCGCCGGAGCUGCUUCUCGCGGCCCGGGACCAGCCGGCCAUGGAGACGCUGAACGGCCUCGCGGGCGGUGGCGCCCCGGACGCGAAGCCGCUGCCGCCCGGCCAGCACCACCGCCACCACCACCUCCACCGCUGGGCCGAGGCGUAGGCGGCUGCACCGUGCGCCCUCGCCCGCCAGACCCUUCCUCAAGGACCUGCACGGCCGGCCCCCGGCGUCCGGCCCGGCUCCGGCGGCCCCCUCCUCGGCCCGAGCCCCGGCGCCCGGCGCUCCACGCUCGCCCAACCUCGCGGGCAAAGCACCGUCCUCGCCGGGAACCCUGGCCGCGCCCGGCCGCCUCUCUCGGCGCAGCGGAGGCGCCCCUGGAGCGAAGGACAAGCCGCCACCGGGCGCCGGGGCCAGGGCAGCGGGCGGCGCCAAGGCCGCUCCGGGCCUCAGGAGGGCGGCGCGCACGGCGCCCGCGGAGCUGCUGCCCCGGGCAGGGAGGCCGCCGCCGCCGCCCGGGACCGACCCGCUGUCCGCCACUGCCAAGGGCCGGAAAGCCAAACGCGGCCCCGGGGUGCCCCCCGCCCGUGCCACCGGGCCCCCGGCCCCCGCCGCUCCAAUCCCCGCCGUGAUCCUCGCUGUGACCUCCUCGGCCGGCUCCCCUGCUCCCGGCUCGCGCAUCAGCCACACAGACAGCAGCUCCGACCUCUCCGACUGCCCCUCCGAACCCUUGUCGGACGAGCAACGCCUGCUCCCCGCCGCCAGCAGCGACGCCGAGUCUGGCACGGGCUCCAGCGACCGGGAACCGCUGCGAGGAGCCCCCACGACGAGCCCGGCAGCUCGGGGGGCGCCGCCCAGCAGCCCCGAACCCCCUGCUCUCCUCGCCGCGCCUCCCGCCGCCGGCGCCUGCCUCGGGGGUCGGAGCAGCCCUGGCGGGGUCCCGGCGGGGUCCUUGGGAAUGGGUGUGGCAGAGGAUGCCGGGGGGCGCGCGCCGCUCGAGCGAACGGUCCCCGGGGUGCCCAAGGAGCCCGGUCCGGGCGAGCAGACCCGACUGGUACCGGCGGCGGCGGAGGAGGAGGAGCUGCUGCGGGAGAUCGAGGAGCUGCGCUCAGAGAACGACUAUCUCAAGGACGAGCUGGAUGAACUCCGCGCUGAGAUGGAAGAGAUGAGAGACAGUUACUUAGAGGAAGAUGUUUACCAGCUGCAGGAGCUUCGGCGGGAGCUGGACCGCGCCCACAAAAACUGCCGAAUCCUGCAGUACCGCCUCAGGAAAGCCGAGCAGAAGAGCCUGAAAGUGGCUGAGACUGGUCAGGUGGAUGGCGAGCUCAUCCGGAGUCUGGAGCAGGACUUGAAGGUAGCCAAAGAUGUAUCUGUCCGAUUGCACCAUGAACUUGAAACCGUGGAGGAAAAGCGCGCUAAAGCUGAAGAUGAAAAUGAAAGUCUCCGACAGCAGAUGAUUGAAGUGGAGAUAUCCAAACAAGCCCUCCAGAAUGAGCUGGAGAGACUGAAAGAGAGUUCCCUGAAAAGAAGAGGCAGCCGGGAAACAUACAAAGAAAAGAAAACCUUUAACCAGGAUGACAGUACCGAUCUGAAGUGCCAGCUUCAGUUUGCCAAAGAGGAAGGCUCCCUGAUGCGUAAAAAGAUGGCCAAGCUGGGGAGGGAGAAAGAUGCGCUGGAACAGGAGCUCCAGAAGUACAAGGCCCUGUAUGGAGACGUGGACAGCCCUCUGCCCACCGGGGAAGCGGGUGGGCCACCCAGCACCAGGGAGGCGGAGCUGAAGCUGCGGCUGAAGCUGGUGGAAGAGGAGGCCAACAUCCUGGGCCGGAAGAUCGUGGAGCUAGAGGUGGAGAACCGGGGCCUCAAGGCGGAGAUGGAGGACCUGCGGGUCCAGUAUGAGCGAGAGGGUUCAGGCCGGGACCACGUGGCGAGCAUUCCUACCUCACCCUUCGGCGACUCCCUGGAGUCCUCCGCGGAGCUCCGCCGGCACCUGCAGUUCGUGGAGGAGGAAGCCGAGCUGCUGCGGAGGUCCAUAUCCGAGAUCGAAGACCACAACCGGCAACUGACGCACGAGCUGAGCAAGUUCAAGUUUGAGCCCCGGCCGGAGCCCGGGUGGCUGGCGGAGGGCGCGGGCAAGGGCGCGGGCAGCGGGGCCCCUCUGCAGGAGGAGCUCAAGUCGGCGCGGCUGCAGAUCAAUGAGCUGAGCGGGAAGGUGCUGAAGCUGCAGUACGAGAACCGGGUGCUGCUGUCCAACGUGCAGCGCUACGACCUGGCCGCGCACCUGGGCCCGCGCGCCCCGAGCCCCCGGGACAGCGACGCCGACAGCGACCAGGGCAAGAAGGAGAGCGAUGGGGAGGAGGGCCGCCAGCCCCAGCCCAAGCGGGAGGGCCCUAUUGGCGGCGAGAGCGACUCGGAGGACAUGUUCGAGAAGACGUCGGGCUUCGGCAGCGGCAAGCCUUCGGAAGCGAGCGAGCCGUGCGCGGCGGAGCUCCUGCGGGCCAGGGAGGACACCGAGUGCUUGGCGAGCAUAAAGCACGAGGCCGAGCGGCUGGAGCGGACCGUGGAGCGCCUCAUCACGGACACCGCGGGCUUCGGCGACGACGCGGGGCUGCAGGGCAGUGGGGAGGCCUCACCGGGGGCUGACGUCCAGGGGGCAGGGGAGACGGGCGAGGGGGGCAAGAAGGAGCCCCCGCUGCUGGGGACCAUCAACGCGAGGAUGAAGGCUUUUAGGAAGGAGUUGCAGGCCUUCCUGGAGCAGGUGAACCGGAUCGGGGACGGCCUGCGGGAGCGCCUGGAAGGCCUGUCCCCGCUGCCCCACCUCACAGAGUCUUCCAGCUUUCUCUCCACUGUGACCUCCGUGUCCCGGGACUCCCCGGUCGGGAACCUGGGGAAGGAGCUGGUCCCGGACCUGCAGUCCAAACUGAGAGGUCAGCUGGAGUGGCAGCCGGGGCAGGAGCACGGGGACGAGCCGGAGCCUCUGCACCGCCGGGCCGACGGGGACGCCGGGAGCUGCCGGCUGGGAGGCCAGAGCUGCUUCAGUCUCGAGAUGGAGGAGGAGCACCUCUAUGCCUUAAGGUGGAAAGAACUAGAAAUGCACAGCCUGGCUUUGCAAAACACCCUCCAUGAGCGAACCUGGAGUGACGAGAGGAAUCUGAUGCAGCAGGAGCUCCGGUCCUUGAAGCAGAACAUUUUCCUGUUCUAUGUCAAACUCCGGUGGCUGCUGAAGCAUUGGAGGCAAGGGAAGCAGAUGGAGGAGGAAGGCGAGGACUUCACUGAGAGUGAGCAUCCAGAGACCCUCCCCAGGCUCGGUGAGCUUGGAGUUCAGGGGGAGCCCAAGGGGGACAGCCCAGACCGAGAUGACAACAGUCCAGGCUGCGGCUUUUCGAUGGGAGAGCAUUCUGCACACCCCGCGGUGCAAACGGGUGACCACGGAUCGAGGCUGCAGCCUACACACGGGGGACAGCUCCACAGGCAGGUGGUGGAAAACCAGCAGCUAUUCGGGGCACUCAAGAGCCUGCUGGAGGACCUGCGCACUGAGCUGCGCGAGGACGAGCACGCACGGCGGCGGCUGCAGCAGCAGUACGCCAGCGACAAGGCCGCCUGGGACGUGGAGUGGGCCGCGCUCAAGUGCCGCCUGGAACAGCUGGAAGAGAAGACUGAGAAGAACUUGGGAGAAGCAGGCUCUUUUACUGACAGCAAAGGAGCAUUCAGAAAGGAGAGGGAGACACACCAGAAGCUCCUUGCUGACAGUCAUGGCCUGGUCAUGGACCUGCGCUGGCAGAUUCAUCACAGCGAGAAGAACUGGAACCGGGAGAAGGUGGAACUUCUUGACCGUCUAGACAGAGACCGGCAGGAGUGGGAGCAGCAGAAGAAGGAGCUCCUGUGGAGAAUAGAACAGCUGCAGAAAGAAAACAGUCCCCGGAGAAGUGGCAGUUUCCUCUGUGAUCAAAAGGAAGGCAAUGUGCACCCCUUUGCCCACCCGGGAAGCCCCCGAAUGCCCCGUCCCUUGGGGGUGUGGCCCUGCGCAGACACUGAUUCCGCCCCGUUUGAAGACCGGCCGCUGUCCAAGCUGAAGGAAUCGGACAGAUGUUCAGCACGGGAAAACCUCUACUUGGACGCCUUGUCUCUGGAUGACGAGCCAGAGGAGCCUCCAGCCCGAGGGCCCCAGCGGGAGUUCAGGAACUGCCUUCCCCAGGAAGAAGAAAAUCACAAAGGAAAUCUUCAAAGGGCUGUGUCUGUGUCCUCCAUGUCUGAGUUCCAGCGUCUGAUGGACGUCUCUCCCUUCCUGCCGGAGAAGGGCCUGCCGUCUGCCAACAGCAAAGAGGACGUCACCCCGCCCCUGUCUCCGGACGACCUGAAGUACAUCGAGGAGUUCAACAGCAAGAGCUGGGAGGAGAGGCCCCCGGAGCCAUGGGCAGACAGGACCGAGGGGGGGCGGGCAGGGAAUGAGGCCAGCGCGGAGCCUUUCCCCGACUCCUCCUGGUACCUCACCACGAGUGUCACCAUGACCACGGACACCAUGACCAGCCCAGAGCACUGCCAGAAGCAGCCCCUGCGGAGCCACGUGUGCGCCGAGCAGGCGGGGGUGCGGGUGCUGCACAGCCCGCCCGCCGUCCGCAGGAUGGACAGCAUCGUGGUGGCCGGGGGUGAGGGCAAGGGCCGGUCAGAGCCCGAGUGCCCGUUUCCCACGAGCAGAGCCAGGGGGGGCGCUGGAGACGCAAAGGGGGGUCCCUCAGAACACGUGCUUAGCAGGUGGCCUUGUGCCCCCUCCAGACACCCCCGGGACUAUGUGGAGGGAGGACUGCGCCCCCUGGAAAGCUCCCUCUGCACCCCCCUGGGGUUCGCCUCCCCACUACACAGUCUGUCCAAGAACAUGAGUGAUGACAUGAAGGAGGUGGCCUUCUCCGUCAGGAAUGCCAUAUGCUCCGGUCCUGCCAAGCCUCCUGUCAAGGACAUGGCCUGCCAGACCAAUGGGUCCCGGACAACAGGGACACAGACGGUGCAGACCAUCAACAUUGGCCUGCAGACCGAAGCCCUACGUGGCAGCACCAUCACCAGCAGCCCCCAUAAGUGUCUCACGCCAAAGGCAGGGGGUGGUGCCACGCCCGCGUCGUCUCCUUCCCGUGGCCUUAGGAGCAGGCAGGUGGCCCCCGCCAUCGAGAAGGUGCAGGCCAAGUUUGAACGCACAUGCUGCUCCCCCAAGUACGGGUCUCCCAAGCUGCAAAGGAAGCCCCUCCCCAAAGCCGAGCCGCCAAACAGCAGGACCUCCCUGGGACUAGCCCCAAAGGGGUGCAGCGAGUCAGCCUGGGCCCGCUCCACCACCACAAGAGAGAGCCCCGUGCACACCGCCAUCAACGAUGGCCUCUCCAGCCUCUUCAACAUCAUCGACCACAGCCCCGUGGUGCAGGACCCCUUCCAGAAGGGGACACGGGCCGGGAGUCGGUCUCGCUCAGCAGAACCUCGGCCAGACCUGGGCCCAGGCCAGGAAACAGGCCCCAGUUCCCGAGGACGGUCCCCCAGCCCCAUCGGGGCUGGCUCAGAGACGUGGAGGGAGGAAGGGGGAGAGGGCACGCCCUUGAGGCAGGACUUAUCCGCUCCCCCUGGUUACACACUCGCUGAGAACGUAGCCCGGAUCCUCAACAAGAAGCUGUUGGAGCAUGCCUUAAAGGAGGAGAGGAGGCACACGCCCCCAAGUCUUAACAGUGACAACCACACGGGAGAAAGAGUCAAAGCUGAACCAGGGUCCAUCGAGGAACUACCUUGUUCCGCACUAGCUCCAUCCCUAGAACCCUGCUUCUCCAGGCCCGAGAGACCAGCAAACCGUCGCCCUCCGUCCCGUUGGGCCUCACAUUCCCCCACUGCCUCACCGGCUCAGUCACCCGGAGACCCAGCCUCAUUGGAGGAGCUCGGCGACGAGGAGCCACCAGGGGAGAAGACACACCUGUGACGAGUGCAAAGUUUGCAUGGAUUAUCAGGGAAUAAUUCCCUGUAAUUUGCAUAACCACACUGUCGUCAUCAACCAAGCUCCGCCCACAAGGAGAGAUCUAGCUUUCCCAAGGUCAAAGAAUGUUUUUUAAAAAACACACAGCUGCUGAAUGUCCAACCUGUGAACCUGAGAUGUUUCCAGAACGAAACCGUAAACGUGCCUGUAAUAAUUUUUUUCAUAGCUCAGAAAACUAUUUUUGUCUCCAUCUUUUUUACACACAGUAUAUUAAACAAAAAAAAAAGCUAGAUAAGAUAUAAAUAAAUUUAAACAAUAAAAGUUUUAAAGAUGUACAUUUUAAGAGAUUCUGAACACCCUUGCUCUCGAUACUGGCUGCCUCUCUGUUAAAUUUGCACUGUUACACUUUGGUUUGGUUAAUUUCCACGUUGAAUUAGGGUGUGUUAAGUUAAUUUUAUUUUGUCAGUGUCUUGGGUUUUUAAGAAUUUUUGAAAUGCUUCAGACUGUCUGAUUCAGUGAACUUUUUGUAGUGAAAAAGCCAUGAAGCCAGUCGACAAGACCGACAUCCUCUCUGUGUGAGGGGAUACACGUCCGCAUUCUUGAAAAGGUACAGAGUCCUCAGCUGGGCUUACCAAAUUUGCUGUAUAAUCCACGUACUCUACUUGACUUGCACGUCUUUGGGUUCGAAGCGCUGGGGUGCCUGUACAUACUGCUGCUGUGGUCUCGCCAUCGCCUAAGUGUGAGUCACCUGUCCCACUGUAAUACGUUGUGAAUCCCUCGUACUGUACUUUUAUCGUUGUCCUCCUGCACUGAGAUACAACAGCAAUGGCAUUUUUAAAUUAUUGUUAACGAUGAACUGGCAAUAUGCAGUGUUUACUCAAAGUUUUCUUGUUUAAGGAAAAGCACUACAAAAAGUCAGGAGGGUACCACACUGAAUCAAAGGAUGGUGCCUCAGAGUCUGUAUGAGACAAUGAUGAAGUAGAAAUAAAGCCUUUACAAG